CGAGGGGGAGCUCGGAGAACUCUCGUGUAACAUCACAUGCCGUUGGCUCUGCACGCAUCCUUGCCUUGGCCUCCUCCAGUCGCGUCGUCCCGCCUACUCACAUGCCUACCGACGUCCCCACGCCGGAAUGAACGACACGACAGGACAACCACACCAACCAACAUUAACCGACGAACGAAGCAUGACAUCGACGCAGCUCAAGAUCAAGGCUGUGCUCGGAGAACUGAUCCAACGCGAGACGGGCCUCACAAUCGAGAAUGACGCAGAGAACUUUACAAUCGCUCGAGAUUAUGCGCUGGGCAAGUUCAAACACCACAAAUUCGGACGCACAAACCAGUUCGACGUGAUCUCGCGACUCGAAGGAUUGGAAGAGAAAUUUCGAAUCCUUAACGGCGAAGCGCUCGCCGACGCACUCCAGUCCCGAAUUGCUGAACUCAAAGCCCUCAUCGACAUCGGAAGCUCCAAGAAUAGCGUUCCGGAGUCUCUCCACCUGCUGCUCGAACUCUCGAACGAACCUCUCAAAAACACACAUCUCUCCGAUCUCGAGCGACUGAUACCUCCUUCGCCGCCGAAAGAGCUGACCUGGGCGGAUAUCAUUGCCGAUGAUCCUCUAGAAGGCGAAAUUUGGGAUGAUGUCGACUUUGCUGCAGAGAGUAGCGACGCAUGGUCCGGAGACGAGACUGCGGUUCUUCCUAUACGAGAACGGUUACGGAGGGUAGGCGAAGAGUUCGACAGCACCAAUAAUGCCAAGCGGAGGAAGAAGCGGAGGGGGGAUGAAGAGAGCGAUGACGAAGAGGAGUACAGGACGUCUAGAGUAGAGGGACUUCUCGUCGAUGGGGACCGCGCUGGGUUGGAGACGCUCAAGACUGCCCAGUACUGGGUAAGAGGGGUCGAACCGACCGAGAACGAGGUGGAUGUGGCCCUGGGGGGCGCUACGGACUUGAACCAAGUUUGGAUAGUAUCGGAACUCCAGGCGCUGCGUGAGGUGAUAUUCAUGUUGCUCGGCCAUCCUUGCGCUCUUCUGAAAAGGGGCGAUGGAGACGAUGCAUUCAUCGUUCGGAUAGAUCUUGAGGUACUUGAGAAACGGUUUGCGCUACGCCAUGCAUCUUUAAAAGGAUUUGAAGCGGUGCUGGAGUGGUUUGCCGUUCAAGGCACAAACCUGAAUAGAAUCCGAGAAUUCACCCGGAACAAGGAGGAUUCUCCUGAACGGCAAUCGUUCGUAGCUGCUGUGGAAGAGAAGGUCAUUGCUUUGGACAAAGAGCUGAUAGCCAUUGAGGAGAAGUAUGUCGGUAAAAGUGAAUCACAGGUCGUCUCCCUACUCGCACUCCAAUCCCAACUGGAGCCAUUGAUACGACCGUUUGCGAGCCUGUGUCGCAUCAUCACAAACUUGAACAAUUCGUCUCAUCUAGAACAACUAUACCUUGCAGCCUGUGCACUCCAAUCCACUGGAAACAUGCCGGCCUAUAAUUUCAUAGCAACCAUAUUCUUCUCUUGCCUCCGGACCUAUCUCCGCCCGAUCCGUCUCUGGAUGGAGGAAGGAUUGAUCCCGCCGGCAAGUGAUUUCCUGAUCGCGCAGAUCGAGCCCACUGCCGAGGUGGAGCUUGGAAAUUUCUGGCACUCACAAUUUCACCUCCGCCGCAAACCUCAUGGCAGUCUCAAUGCUCCCUCGUUCGUACAUCCUGUGGCACAGCGUAUCCUCACGACCGGUAAAUCCGUUGUCUUUCUGAAGCUGCUUCUACCCACAGCAGAGGAUGCUCCAACUGCCAAUUACAAUCUUGAGAUCACAUUUGAGGAUGUGUGCUACCCAGGUACCGAGCUGGCCCCGUUCUCUUCGCUAUUUCUCGCCGCUUUUAACCGCUGGAUCACGGCAAGGCACCAUAGCAUCUCUUCCCGAUUAAGAAGGCAUCUAUUCGAGAAUUGCGGCCUAUGGAAAUCACUCGACGCUCUUGACCUCAUCUUCUUUGCUCGCAAUGGAUUUCUGUUCGAAUCCCUCGCUCAGGGGAUAUUUGAAAAGCUCGACCGCAAGGCAGCGACUUGGAACGACCGCUUCCUCUUGACCGAACAGGUCCAGAGCGUGUUUUCAUCUGCGCCACAGAUCGAGUCGCAUCGUCUUCGCAUGGUGGUCAGAAAGGAAAACCUCUUCUCCCGUUCCACCCACAAAGAUACGACGGGCAGAAAGACCGUCAACUCUCUCGAAAACGUGGAGGUGGAAUAUCGCCUCCCGUGGCCGGUCCUCAACAUAGUCCGGCAGGACUCUUUCGUCACGUAUCGCCGCGUGUUUACGUUUCUGCUACAGCUGCGACGCGCACGGUACCUCCUCGAGCGACUGAGCCUCCGGCGUCGGCCGGCAGAUGCGGAAGCGAAAGUAUUUUAUGCGCUGAAGCAGAGGCUGCUGUGGUUCUCCGGAGUGAUCGUUGGGUACAUCACAGACCUUGUUCUCCGCCCGCUCACGGCACUAUUGAAGCAGGAUCUGGGGAAGGCGGAUGACGUCGACGGGAUGGUGGCUACACACGCAGCCUUCAUCGAUAAGAUCAAGGAGCACUGUCUCCUCGGAACAAAGCUGGCGCCGAUCCACAAGGGAAUCAUCAGCAUCCUCAAUCUGGCCGUCAAGUUCAGCCGCGUCCACUCCGCUUUCCACAGUCAGAGCAGUGAGGAAACUUCGGCACCCGGCAAAGGCGGUAGGAUGAGGAGGAGACACAAGGGCCAGGACAGCUCCGACGAGGACGAUGAAGACGUUGGGUAUGAAGGGUCGGCGCCCGGUAGUCCGAGCAGCACCGGAAUGACUACCAUCCUUGGACGCGAGCUCGACGAAGACGAUGAGGAUGAGGACGAUGAUGAGCAAGCGAGGUAUAUGAAGAGACUGGGCGCCAUACACGAGGAGGUUCGCGGACUGGUCGGGUUCGUCAAGGAGGGCUUGCGUGGAGUCGCGAGAGCGGGUGUCAUGCCGCAUUUGGAGAUGUUGGCAGAGGCUUUGGAGGGGUAUGGUGCUGGCUGGAACGGGCCGGCGUGAGGUUCAAUUGAGCGGGCCUUUGGAUUCUCAUAUAGGUAGUGAUCGUUCGCUCCUCGUUCAAGAGUGCAAGGUCUUGAACACAGCAUGUGCAAAACAGAAACUCGAGUGCAAAAACAUGAAACCACAAACUUCGGUGAGG